AUGAUUGCGUGUUUCAGUGUGUUGUGCAGUAGUUGUGCCAUACUCGCUUGUUUGAUUGUAAUACCAUCGUUGCUCAAUGUGAUCGACAGAACGCAUACGGAAGUUGUGCUGAACGUGCACACUUUUAAAGAGGAUACCGAUGCAGCCUGGAACGAAAUCAUGCAACUUCCAAUUUUGGCUGUUCAACCAUUAAAAGUUCGCGACAAUCCUUUCGAGAGCUUAUUCUUGAGGCGAAAACAACGUGACAACUCAAAACUGCCUUCGUUCUGUCAUUGCGAGCCGGUGAAAGUGAAAUGUCCAUCCGGACCGAUUGGACCACCAGGAGAUCCAGGUGCUGAUGGAGGUACGUUGAUUAUUACACUUUUCAACGAUUCUCAAAAGAUUUUACGCUCCUACCUUUUUUCUCAGUUGAUUUUUUAA